UGCCAAGAGCGUAAACCAAGUUGAUCAAAGAUUUCACGCACCCCAUUCCUUAUAGGCAACAUCAUCGCAGACCAUGUCCCAAAAAGACUCCAAAGAAAUAUAACAGCCAAACUUAUAGUCUCCACAAGCAUUAUACAACUUCGUAGCGACUUUCAUGCGGCGAAUUUCUUCGUUGUGGCUAAUGGCGCUCCAAUCAGGUAUCCAAGACGGGAGAUCCCCCCCCUGUUUUUCGACCAAGGUCUCCGCAAAGUACGUCAAGGCUUCUAGCUGCUGCUAUAAUGUUUUGAACGACCUGAGUAUAAACCCAAGGGGUUGCCACACGACAAUUGGGGGAGAUGCCGAGGCUGACAGGUACAAGACCAAUAAGUGCAUAUGCAAAUCUUGAAUGCUCCGAGCUGCACGAAUGAAUAGCUCUAAUAGAGCCACUGAACAGCUAUUUUAGAUAAGAGCCCUUUUUGAUAUUAUGACCUCUUGGAAAACCCACAUGCGGUUCCACCAUCUACCCAAUGGCAUCAUCCGAAGAUCUUCAAAUAUUGCCUGCAAUACCCUGUUUUUGAGGGAUGGAAAUGCCCGUAUGUGUUGAUUUUCUUGUUGGGCAAACAAGCUAACGAGGUAAAAGACGCCGAAACCUUUGAAUAGGUUAUUAAUAUACAUAAUAUGCAUAGCACUACAAGAACC